AUUGCUUCUGUCCGUCGUUUCCUUCCUUGCGGUAGAGGAGAGGAGGUGGUGUCGAGAGACUGGAAACAUUUAACAUCAUAAUCCUAAUCUUAAUAAACUCCACUAUACAAUGAAAUUAACUUUAUUCACGCCCGCCUCUGAACUCCACUAUUUCACCAUACUACUGAUAACCGGCCUGUACACUCCAGGGCGAGGAGAGAUCACCAGUCUCGAUGCAGGGAACAUUGACGACAUUCUCAACAAUGCUGGAGUGGCUUUAGUCAACUUUUAUGCAGACUGGUGUCGGUUCAGUCAAAUGCUGCACCCUAUCUUCGAAGAAGCUUCUAAUGUGGUGAGAGAAGAAUAUCCAGAUCGUUCGCAGGUGGUGUUCGCCCGUGUGGAUUGUGACCAACAUACUGAUAUAGCGCAACGCUACAGGAUCAGCAAGUACCCGACCCUGAAACUGUUCAGAAAUGGGAUGAUGAUGAAAAGGGAAUACCGAGGUCAAAGGUCAGUGACGGCCAUCGCCGACUUCAUCCGGCAACAGAAAGUGGACCCGAUUACGGAAAUCCACAACCUAGAAGAGGUCAACAGAGUAGAUAGGACUAAGCGAAGCAUCAUCGGCUACUUUGAGCAGAAGAACUCUGAGAAUUACCGCACGUAUGAAAGGGUAGCCAAUAUCUUGAGAGACGACUGCGUCUUCCUGGCAGCAUUCGAUGAGGUGUCUAAGCCCGAGAGGUUCAGUGGUGAUAACGUUAUCUAUAAGCCAAUAGGAGAGACCGUUCCUGACAUGGUGUAUCUCGGCUCACUCUCAAACUUUGACCUGACGUACGCAUGGGUGCAGGACAAGUGUGUGCCACUGGUCCGGGAGAUCACGUUUGAGAAUGGCGAGGAGCUGACGGAAGAAGGCAUUCCAUUCCUGAUCCUGUUCCAUCAGAAGGAGGAUACAGAAAGUCUCGAAAAGUUCCAGCAGGAGGUGGCACGCCAGCUUAUCACUGAAAAGGGCUCGAUAAAUUUCUUGCAUGCUGAUUGCGAUAAGUUUCGGCACCCUCUGCUACACAUCCAGAAGACUCCUGCAGACUGCCCCGUCAUUGCUAUAGACAGUUUUCGCCACAUGUAUGUCUUCCCAGAAUUCAGCGACCUCUCGGUUCCAGGAAAACUGAGGCAGUUUGUGUUAGACCUCCACUCAGGAAAGCUGCAUCGAGAGUUCCACCAUGGGCCUGACCCCACAGAUAGCACUCCAGGACAGGAGGAGAACAAAGAGUUGGCCAGCAAUCCUCCAGAGAGCUCAUUCCAGAAGCUAGCACCCAGCGAGUCCCGUUACACCCUCCUCCGGGAACGGGAUGAACUGUGACCUCGUCUCACAUCAUCACCUAGCACAGAACACCUGGCAGGCAGCCACCUGCAUCACCUCUAUUUUCAUAACCUUUUUUUUUUUUUUGGCAAAAAAAAAAAGAAAGAAACAAACCCACAACAAAGAAUAUCUGAAGUUUUUUGGAGGAGUGGGGAGAAGAGAGAAAGAUUGAUUUACUUUUAUUUUAUUAUUUUUUUGGAGCUUGUAAAUAUGUAUGUCCUCUGUAGGUGAGUUGUCUAAAUUAAAUAAGUGUUUUUGUUUUUUUGUUUUUUUCUCAAGCCCUAGUUUGUUUGUUUUUUUAAAGAAAAGCAGAUAAGCAUUGAUGGUCCUCCCAGCAGCAUCUACACACUCAAGGACUGGGGAAUCAUGGGAAGUGAGUCUGUGGUGUCCCCCAUUUCGGUCUAUAGUGGUGUGUGAAUUUGUGUGUAAGCGCAAGAGACAGUGUGUGUGAUGGAGGGAGAGAGAGAGCGCGCGAGAGAGUACAUUGGUACAUUUAUUACUGUGUAUUCUGGAAGUGGGAGUUCCAGACUCGUCAAAAGUCCGUAUCAGACCAUUCCAUGAGGAGGAGUGGUAAGGGGUGGGGUGUAAGGUUUGGGGCUUGAAGGGGGUGUGUAAAUCAUCUCGGAGUGGGAAAUGGAAAUAAAGAAACAAAAAAAAAAAAACCACAAAGUAAAUUAAAGGGAAAACAUUUUACAGGAUUCUAGUGUCUUUGUGUGCUUUAUAUCAGAUGCAAGCAGGUUUUGUGCAUCCUUUUUUUUUUUUUUUUUUUUAAAUAAAUAUUGACAAAUUCAUGUCGACUUCAGAUAACAGCACAGGAUGGCAUGUUUGCAAGAUUUCCUUUUGCACCCUAAUUAAUCUUGAAGAUCAAGGAGUAUAUUUAACUGUGACAGGAAGUUGACAUGGAAACAGUGACUCACACUUCAGCAGCACUUGUGUGUACAUUGAGGAACGUUCUGAAGACUUAUUUUGGUAAAAGUCACACUUCACAUUCGAAGCCCACUUUGAGGAAAGUGGAAGUGGCGAGAGGUGGGCGCUGACGUUGUGUGACAUCAUCCCGCCCACGGCAGAAACCCGUGCCGUCACAGCAAUCGAUACGAUGAUAUCAUUAGACGCACGCACACGCACCAGACGCCCGGAUGGUCUUCUUUUCCAUUCCGUGUGAUCGUGGAAAGUGUGGGGUGCCUGGGACGCAGACACGAGUCGGGUCAGUGUUUUCACUGGGACUUUCCCCCUCUCUUGGCAGUCAAACACACUCGCACAUCCAUCUACACACAGCAUCUGACACAGUUGCCCAUCUAUCCACACACGCUCACACUCAGGGGAAGUCCUGUGUGUGUUGCGCGGAAGGCGUGGGGGGAAACAUGUAGCUCAAAUCAGGUUUGUCUCUCUGUGGGGCUUUCCCAAAUAUCCCAAAACACAUAACCCCAAGUUGGGGUUAUUCAAUGUCUAAUAUGUCAAAAACUAUUAAAAUAAAAAGGAUCUCAUGCUGACAUGGA